AUGUCGAGCUUCGAUAAUAAUAGUUUACCUGUAUUUAAAAAUCAAGCUAGUAGGAUUAUUGAUUCUGUAGUGAGUUACAACUUUUUGAAUCAUUCAUCAAGUUUUCCUUUGCCCUACAAUGGAAGGAUAAAAGAAAUUAUAGAUCCUAGUUUUACCAAAAUGGAAAAAAUUGAAACUCCUUUAAUAAAUACUGGAAUUAUGGAUAUCGAACUUCCAUGUAUUAUUAAACAAGAAAAAACAGAUCCCAUAAAUAAUAUUCAAGGAUUAAAAGAUAUAAUCGCUGAAGGUAAAUCCUUUUCAGCAGAGGGGUAUUUAAAUGAACAAUUGAAUAUUCUUAAUUGGGUACCGCCUCAAACAAAAGCAAGAGGAAGAUUAGCUCCUAAAUCUGUCAUUAAAAUGGAAGAAGAAAGGAAAAAAUUAAAAAAAAUUAUGAAUGAAAGAGUACAAGAAUGCAUUAAACAACAAAGUUAG